GCCAAAAUCGCCGAACGCGUUCUGAUAAGUCAGUUUUCCUUCUCCAAGUCUACCAUUCUGUCACUGCGCUAAUGAGGAACCCAGAUCUGUCCCUCGACCGCCUAAGCCAUCGUCUCUUGAUGAACCAUGUAGAAAAUUCACAACACGAGGGUUCUGUACGAAUGGCUUGCACUGCCCAUAUCAGCAUAAUCCUGAAAAGGUCGCUAUUUGUCCUCGCUUUAUGAACGAUGACUGCAACAACAAACCCUGCCUACUCUCUCACAUGCCAACUCCUGAACGUGUCCCUGUGUGUGUCCACUUCUCAAAUGGAGCUCGCUGCAACAAAGGCUCUUCAUGCAAGUAUCCUCAUGUUAAGCUUAGUCACAAGGAGGGUAUCUGCCGCGAUUUUGCAAUCCUAGGUUACUGCGACCGUGGCUUGCACUGUGACAGGCAGCAUGUUCGAGAAUGUCCAGAUUUUGCAACCUCCGGGUCUUGUCCUAAUUCCCGUUGCAAGUUGCCCCACAUUAUCCGAGCGAAACACAAUGUGGAUGAUUCUUCAGUUGUGCAGCCUUCCAACCUUCAACGAGAUGAACUGGUAGAGACGGACGAGUUCAUCCCAUUGACGUUUGACGAAAGCAGCGAAGAUGGGUCUUCAUACAGCGAGAGAGGGGAGAAUGAAAGUGGCGACGAACCUACUUGACUCCUUUCUCCCUAACAACCCUCACAUGUAC